AUGGGAUUCACCUUCAAAUUUUACAAACAUAAGGACCUGUUCCGGUUGAAGGAAAAUUGGAAGGAUAUUGGGGAGCACGUUUUGUACUGCUCGAGUGAGGAGAAAAGAAGUUUGAGUGAUGAAGAUGUUGUCCCUGGGAGUCGCCCUUGCGAGGGAUAUGGUGACAUAACCUAUCCCGCAAUUGUAAACACCAUUCAGUACUCAUCCAUUUGUAUGUCUAUUUUUAACAAGCAAAACGAAGUAGCAGGAAUUGUUUCUCUUGACUAUGAAUUGUGUGCAGGUUCUUCUUGUGGAAUAAAAGAACAUGAGAGGGUACCCCUGUGUGAUAUGUACAAUGCUAUAUCAUUAUACAUAAAGGAGCAUUCUGUAUUUUCCAAUUUGUCCCCAAAUAAUUCUCUAAUAAUAAAUUUAAUAAUCAGUAAAAAUGUGAACUACUUGGAUGAUUUAUGUUCUUACGUGUUUUAUACAUUUGAAGACAUAGUUUUCAUUUUAUUAUUUUUGCAAAAAAAAAAAAAAAAAAAAAAUGAAGAAUAUUUCUCAUGUGAAAAAAUGAGCAGGUGUUGUAUACACAUCGAUGUAAAGCAGCAUUUAAAAAUUGAAGACGUUCCAUACGAUCGCAUUGUUCUUUUUUGUAGAUAUUCUUAUACUAAUAAAAUUUAUUUGAGACCAACGAACAGCUCAGAUGUGUAUGAUCUGAAUGAAUUGUUGAGGAAAUAUUCACAACGAACUGGAGGGGAAGAAAAUCAGUAUCUUAUUUACAAUCUCAUUGAGGGAAAAUCUGAGGAGGAUAUCCUCCUAUCAAUACUUAACAGUAAGAAGAAAAUUAUUGGAUUCGUUUGGCUCAAGAAAAACAUAGACAUUAAUGUCCUUGUGAAUUUGUACAACUUGAAGAGUUACAACUACCUGCUGCGACGGGAAUUCUUUCAGGACAUUGCCCCAUCUCUGGUUCCUUUCUCCGGAGGGACGAAAAAUCUCAACAAAAAAAAAAAAAAAUAUUUGUUCAUACAAUUUAAGCAAUUUAUUUUGAGCCAAAUAACGGUUCAGUGCGAAGCGGACAUGGAGAAAAAGCACGAAAUCAGUGAGGACGUUAUUUAUGGCUACUUGAAGGAACAUUUGAUGGAGGACGUGGAAGAGUACGCUGCAUAUUUUGCCAAGAAGGAUUUAGACACGCGUGUGAUCCUGCGGAACAUUUAUACCAAGCUGCAGUACGACUAUGAAAACUGCGCACAGGACGAGGACAAGGGCAAAGUCAACUUUGCACUGAUGAACAAGCUGAUCAAUUUGUGUGCCCAAAUAAGUUACUCCGAUAUCGCCAAAGUGAGCGCCAAAUUUCAAAGCCAUUUCGACAAGGUGGAGAUGCUCUACUUCAACUUUAACACAGACAAGACGUACAAAAAGAUAUACGACAAAGUAUGGAGGAAGAAGGCGGGCAUAAAGACUGACGAGGGGGGAGAACAAGAUGGAAAAAAAAUCAACAUCAUAAAGCUGAACUGCGACAAUAGCGGCACGACCAAAUCGGGGAAGAGCUCCAAGGAGGUCGUGAACCUGUCCUACUUCGACAUAUUCCUUCUCCUCCAAAAUAUCUAUCCGGAGAUUUUCAAAAAGAACGAAAUCAUUUUGCUUUUUCUUUUCCUGGACUUAUACGAGUUGUUCACCGUGGAGGAGUCGACCCCAUUUGAUUGCGUCUCAUUCAAGCUCUACCUGGACGAACUGGUGGACAUUAAGAAGAACUACUUUAUCUGCAAAUACAAGCACAUCGACUGGCUGAGCAAUUUGAGUGACCAGGACAAGAACGCCUUUUCCUUAAACAUGUUCAUUUUGAAUGAAAAGUACAACCACCACUGCAAAGACAUACUGCUGAAGAUCGAGAAGUACUACGACGAAGUGGACUAUGUUGUCGCCACCAACAACGAGCGCGGGAGAAUCCCCCUCAUCCUGAAUUACUUCAAUCGCGUGAAGAAGAAAAAAAAGACAAACACUUUGGAGUCGUUGUAUGUGCUGAAUAAGUACACUCUUUUCCUUCCUCCAUGCACCCACUACAUGAGGAUGAGCGAUAUAGAGGACGUGCAGAAGCUGCUGGAAGCUGUGGAUGAGAAGGAGAAGGAGCCGAUUAAUACGGUUAUUAUGUCUUUAAGGGAGUUCCACAGGCGGGGUGUUGUCCAGGGGGAGGAGGCCCCCUCAGAGCUCAAGUUCUACCGAUCGCAAAACUACUACAUCUUCGUCACGAGGUGCGGAGGCAAAGCCAUCAACGUGACCGCGGGACGCAUCCUCAACAACAUCGACUUUUACUAUAAGCAGAAAGCAUUCGAUUUUAAGGACAUCAUCCUGAGGAACGAGAACCGUGAAGAGAAGCACUUUUUACUCUCCUUCUUUUUGUCCAUCAUUAUUUUCAAAUUUUACGACAAGCGUAUUGUCCACAACAUUUUGGGCAUGACGAAGGCCUGCUCGUGCCAGAUCGCCGUGCGAGACAACACGUACAGCGACGUCUACAAGCACUUCAAGUUUUUGUUUGUGAAGGAUAACAGCGUGAGCGUUGUUAAAAAGGAACACCCCAAGGGUGUAGAGGCCAGUCAUAACCGUGUGCAUAGCCACAGUUCGAAGAAGGAAGUUGAAGAAAAAUUUUACCUCGUGAUGACGAAACAAAUGUGUCUUAAAAAAUUUACAAACAUUGAUCACAACAUUGUGUUUUGGGGAAUCAACGACGUGUGUCUAAAUGUGAUAUACAAACUGAUGACAAACAAUGAGUACUUCUUUAACAACUUAAUUAUAAUCAGCUCUUACCGAAAUAAAUUUCUCGAAGGAGCCACUACUGCUGCUGGAGGGGCAGGGGAGGAGGAGCAAGACGAUUAUAACUGCAACAGCAUAAAAAAUUGGAGCUUGGAAAAUUUAACCAUGUACAGAAAGCUAUCAAAUUUAAUGAUCAAGCAAAGGGUCAGAAUAAUUCAUGACAAUAUUUUUAGCAUCGACAGACAAAAUAAAAAGAUCGAAUUGAAUAAUAAGCAAUUUAUUUUUUAUGACUAUCUGUUCAUAUGUUUUAAUAAGGAAGAUAUUAGCACUUACUCGUUCCAAUUGAACAGUUACGAAAUGGGGAAAAAAAAGAAUUUCAAUUUUAUUGAAAGGAAUAAGAGUUCCGGUUGCCCCAAUGAGCGCUUUGACUUUUUGACCAAGGCGAAGGAUUACGAGAAGUUCGAGUCGAGUGAAUGGCAAGCAAAGGAACGAUCCGUGGAGAAAGGUACACCUCGGAGGGGGAAAUAUCGCCUGAACAGGGUGAGGAAGCAGCAUGUGGGUAGUUCAACCUUGCAGGGGGGAGGAAGUGACUUGGGCAAAAUGAGUGGCGGAAAAGACGCGGUAAGCAACAUGCAACAUCCAGGGGAGGGGGACCCCUCUAGCAGCUCCGAGUCUAGCGAGGGAGAUGUCACAGGGGUUACGUGUAAAGGGAUGCUGCAUGGCGGAACCAAGCAUGAGAACAGGGGUGAACUCAGCAGGGGAAAAAAUGCAGCGGCAAAAUCGGCGACAGAAAACGACCAAGAGGAAUACCACUCUGACUACUCAACGCUAUCGUCCAGUUGUCUCCAAACGAGUGAAACGAGUCAAUCGGAGGGGGAAACGAAGGGUGGCAGCGGCGCCCUCAGCAUGGUCAACACUAAUGAUGCUGCUACUGAUGAGAAGAGUGGUAACACCACGAAAAGGGGACACCCCAUUGACGGCGCGUUACAGAGAGGUAGUUUAAACCGGGGAUCCUCUUUAAGCAAAGCUAGGGGGAGUAAGGGAGAAUUGUUCAGGGAAGGCGUAACUACUUCUCAACUAGGUGAAGAUAAAAAAGGGGGGUUAAAUGUGGUUGCCCAAUCGGAUGAGACCAGAAGGACACAGAGAAUGCGGGCUGUGGCACGUCCCUGCGCGGAGAGGAAAAACGUGGAAGGGUUGUUCAGCAUCAGCGACCCCUUCUUAGAUAAAUACCUGGACAAAAACAGCACCUACAUGACCGUGGUAAAAAAUUGCGUCAGUUACAUCGUCAUCUACAGUGAUAACAUGGACAUCCUGACGGUCGUGAAUUUUUUUUUAAGAAAUGGAAUAAAGUCAUACAAACUUUUAAUUAUAUCACCACACACAUGUGCCAAAUGUAGUGAAAAAAAUUCAAAAAAUAAUUUAAGGGAAAAAAUAUCUAAACAUAGACUCUAUUAUGAACACAAAAAACAGCUGAAGGAAAAUUAUAUAAUAUCUGAUGAGCCACUUAAAAAAAAUAAUUAUCACAAGAAUUGCGUACCUGAUAAUGUGAAGCAAGUCUUAAAGAAAGUGUUUGUCCUUUUUCAUUUUUUAAAAAUACGAAUCAUCCAGGGAGAAAUUAUUGCCAUUAAAAAGAGCAAGCAGAACCGCCUUAAACAUAUCGUCGUACGUUUUUGUAAGCAUGGGAAGGUUGAUCCGACCUUGGUGUCUGCUCAAAAGUUUCUUUUUAAGAACACCGUGUUGAUUCCCUGCAGGGUGCUACUCUGCUCCUAUGUCUUUAACAUCAGCAACCACCUACACUAUGUGCUUAACAAGGCCUCCAUCGUGUACAAUGACCGCAUCUGUGUGAAUCACAAUUUUCAAACGAACGACAAAUUCAUCUUCAGUGCCGGAGAGCUAUGUGCAUUUUCGAGUAAAUAUAGAAUAGGCAAGGAGAACAUUUUAAACCAUGAGAAGUACAAUGGCAGCGAAAUUGGGAAGCUUGUAAGCAAAAGGUUUUUAAAUAUUAUCAUUGAGAAUAUUAAUACGCCUUGCGAUUUUUCGGGGUUGAAAAAAAGUGUGAGGGGAAUACAGCAAGGGGGAAAAAAUUCCCUCAAUGGGGAGUCCACAAAUGGAGGGAAUUUUCCACCUGGUGAAAGAAGCCAAGAUGAUGACAAUGACCAACCUGGGGAUGCAGAUAAUCCUGUUCAUCUGUACAGGACGCUGAAGGUUUUCGAGAAGCCUAUCAUCCACUUCAGUUGCCUCCCCUGCGAUUUCUACUUCUACCAUUUCCAAGCGCCAACAGGGGACCUCUGCAAGUUCCACGACGCAUGCUCCGCGGGGAAAGGCAGCAUCAGCAGUGUGGGUCAAGUGAACGCCACCAGCAACAACGUAACUGAGGGGACGAACUUGGGCAAUGUCUACAACGAAGCCUUCUUGACGGACACCCUAAAGAUAUGCGUGCGGAAGGAUAUGCAGCUAAGCGAGCGCUUUAAAGUGAAGCAUUUUGAAGUCGCUAGCAACAUCAGCACGGAAGGCUACUACUGCAGGGUUACGACAAAUUCGUUGAACCUGAUAAACUCGUUCACCUACUUGGGCCGUCAACGACUCAACUUCCACAACCUACACAAACUGUGUAACAUGUCCAUCAACUACUUCUACACCAUUCUUAAAAACAUAAAGAGCAGCCCGCACUACGACAUUUUGAGCUUGCUCAGUGAGGAGAGGGAAAAGUCCAUUUUUCACUACAAGUUCCAAAUGUUUAGAGAUAAGCUGAAGACCAAGUUAAUGCACCUGCCUUUGCUGAAGGAGUCAAUCCACGCACAUUUGCAGGGCGUUCACGACGCGGAGUCGUUCCGGAAGUACGUGCUUGAGCAGCUGUUCUUAGAAGAUGGCCCUAUGACGGACAUUAUCAAGAAGAAAGUAGAGACACACCUGAUCGAAUACAUAAAGGAAAACCACCAAUUGCUCAACGGGUACUACUUGCCUGGCUGA